CAGACUACUAGUAGUGGGUCGAGAGACCACACAUGCAUGUUCAACAGUUAUCUUGAUUCAACAUUUGGAACGACCAUCCGAGUUGUCCUGGACAAGGGUAGGCUAUGGGACUUCGCGAUGUUGAAGAUGCCUUCAACCGUUUCAUUUUCGAUGAAGUGCCUGUCCGCCUGCUAUACUUGCCGCAGAUGAAGCUCCUCGAGAGAGACUUGUUGAAGCGUCUUUAUCAACCUCAUAUCGACCACAUUACAGAAGCCGAUCUGGAUCACCCAAUCGACAGAAGCUGGGACAAGUUGAGAGAGUUCUUCCGGGUCGCCAACAAAGUUUAUGGAGUGGAGCUCGUCUGGUCAGACACUUGCUGCAUUGACAAGACCAGCAGCUCUGACCUGGACGAAUAUCUCCGGUGUAUGUUUAGGUGGUAUCGCAAUGCACACAUCUGCAUCGCCUACCUUGCCAAAACGACCUCCAUAGAUCAAUUUCAUAACGACGAGUGGUUCACUCGAGGAUGGACCUCACAAGAGCUACUCGCUUUUAGGAAAAUAAGAUUCUUCCGCAAAGAUGGGAUACCGCUAACAAACUACACAAUUGACAGGGAUUGCCCUGCUGCCGAUCAGCCGAUCUUGGACAUCAUCACCGAAGUCACCGGUAUCUCAUCACAAGAUCUGCAAGCCUUCGUCCCUGCUUAUUCCCUCAUGGGAAUUUUCGAUGUCAGCAUUCCGAUCGCAUACAGGGAAGGCGCCCAACGGGUGUUUUUCAGGCUCGUUGAAGCAAUCAUGCAGGUAUCAAACGAGCCAGGAGUCCUGAAUUGGGCUGGAAGACCCGCACAGAUACACAGAUUGUCCACUGCAUUCCCCUCUGCUCCAGCAUGCUACUUAGGACAUCCUCACUACGAUAGAAGCUUUGCAACAGAUGAAAAAUGCGAGUUCGCUUUGACAAACAGGGGUUUACCGACAUCCAUCCAAAAUCGCGCAACGUUCCAUUGCAAUUCAUUCAAAAUAAAUGGCUUGACAAUUGAAGGCCCUUCUUUUCCUGUCCUUGAGAGGACUGGCACAAAUCGGUACACCUACUCUUUGGGUAUCAUCAACUAUGCCAUGAUCCAAGGGGAAGGCAAGAAUCCUGUCCUUCCGAAAUCAUGCAUUGCUUACCUAUUGAUGCGAUUGAAGGGGACGAGGUCAUUUGCAAAAAUAGUUCUUUCUGUUUGCAACGAUUGGAAAAAGGUCGAAACCAAGACGUUCGUCACAUUUGAUCUUCUACAAGACUAUACUGUUGUGAAGCGGAACUCGUUGACGACAAUAUGGAUAUGACAAUUACAAUAGCGACAGCUUGGUAGAACUUACAAUGUUAG